CGCCAGAGUGCUGCGCUCUGCCUCAGUCUGCGCGCGGCGCUCAGAGGGGGCGGAUGUACGCGCUCCCCCGCCCUUUAAUAUGUGAAAUCCUUAGUGAAUUAUAGUGUCAAAAAUGCAGUGAAGUGAACCCGCGGGGACACUACAGCGGCCAGCAUGAGUGGCGGGUAUGAUGGGAAGAUUGCGGGGCUGUACGACCUGGAGGAGACCCUGGGGCGUGGCCACUAUGCCGUCGUCAAGCUGGCGCGGCAUGUCUUCACUGGGGAGAGGGUGGCCGUCAAGGUGAUAGACAAGAUGAAGCUGGAUGAGAUGUCUCGGGCACACUUAUUCCAGGAGGUGCGGUGCAUGAAGUUGGUGCAGCACCCUAAUGUGGUGCGGCUUUAUGAGGUGAUUGACACCCAGACCAAGCUGUACCUCAUCCUGGAGUGGGCGGACGGUGGCGACAUGUACGACUAUAUCAUGAAACACGACAGGGGACUGGACGAGGGGGCAGCCUGCAAGUACUUCCGUCAGAUAGUUCACGCCAUCAGCUUCUGCCACAAGCUUCACGUGGUGCACCGGGACCUGAAGCCGGAGAACGUGGUGUUUUUCGAGAAGCUGGGCAUGGUGAAGCUGACCGAUUUCGGCUUCAGUAAUAAAUUUUGUCCCGGGCAGAAGCUGGAGACCUCUUGCGGUUCACUGGCUUACUCUGCGCCCGAGAUACUCCUUGGGGAUUCAUAUGAUGCCCCAGCUGUAGAUAUCUGGUCAUUGGGGGUCAUCCUGUACAUGCUGGUGUGUGGCCAUGCACCGUUUCAAGAGGCUAACGACAGUGAGACUCUAACGAUGAUCAUGGACUGCAAAUAUACCAUUCCUGAGCACGUGUCCCAGCCCUGCAAGGACCUCAUCGCACGCAUGUUGAUUCGAGACCCAGGCAAGCGGUCAACCCUGGAGGACAUUGCGCGGGACCCUUGGCUGAUGCAGGACCCCGGAUGGCGCACUGAAGCUGAGGUCCUUCCUUUGGUCUCUCGGCAGCACCUGACUGAAGAAGACCAUGCUCAUAUUAUUCACAGGAUGGUGUCGGGGAACAUAGCAUCAAUGGAAGAAAUUUUAGACGGCCUGGACAGGAAUGAGUAUAGCCAUGUCACAGCCACCUACUUCCUGCUGGCGGAGCGAAAACUCAGGGCCCACCGACUCCAGCAGGCAAACCAAGCCAAGGCUGUGUGUGCUAGUCCCGUCAUGUCUGUCAGCAGAAAGUCGGGGGGAGCCUGGACGACAGCAGUGACUCCUCCUCCUCCUCCGAGCACCUGGCCAAACCUCAGCAGGGGUCCAAGGAUGACAUGUCCAACGGUAUCCUGCACUCCAAGCUGUCUGAGGUGCGCGGCGCGAACCGCAUCCGGACGUUCAGCAUCUUGGAGGAGGAGGAAGAGGAAGAGGAAGAGGAUGAGGAGGCGCGGGAGGAGGGCGAGCUGGACCUGUCCCUGCUGCACCGCCUGGAGUGUGUGCGCCGCGGCAGCGCCUCCCUGCAGGGCUCCGCCGCCACCUCGCCCUCCGCUGAGGAAGCGCCCCUGCCCGAGCCGCCCUUCCCCCUCCUCCAACAUCGGCGUGGGGCGUGGCCGCGCCCGCAGCGCCGGCACCUCGCCCGCCACCACGCCGCCCAGCAGCCUGCCCCCGCAGCCGCCGCUCGCCGCGCCCGCGCCCACCGCCACCACGCUGCCGCCGCCCACGCUGCCUCCGCCUCGCGUCACGCCGCAGUCCUCCGUGUCGUCGUCCCCCACCUCACAGGCCUCGUCGCCCUCCUCCCCGGGGCCGCCGCAGCCCCCUGCCUCGCCCAAGGCCGCCGCCGCCGCCGCCGCGCAGCCCGCCUUCCUCAACCACAAGUUCAAGACGCUGCCGUCACCCUCGCGGCGCCUGCACUCCGUCCGCUCCUCGCCGCAGCUCAUGCUCAACGAGAUCUUCGAGGAGGGCGAGAGUGACGGCGAGGGUGCCGGCGCCGUGCCCCGCGGCGCACCCACAGGCGGCGGCGCCAGCGGGGCGGCGGCCUCCCCUGUGGUGAUGCGGCGGCGGCGCCUGGCGCGCGCGCGCACGGCAUCCUGCUCCUCCUCAGACGCCUCGGACGACGACAGCGACGCGCGCAAGCGGCGGCAGCAGCGCGCGUUGGUGCGGCACCUCACCAGGGAGUCGGACGACGCCGAGGACGCCCCCACCGCGCCGCCCGUGCCCGCGCCCGCGCCCGCCCCCGAGGAGGCGCCCCAGGACACUCUGAGCCCACCCCCCGGAGAGGGUGCGGCGGGGCGCGGAGGGCGGCCGCUGUCGGCGUCGUGUGAUGACGACCACAAGGAGGGGGGCGGGGGCGGGCCGGGGGGCGCGGGGGGCGGCUCCACGGAGAACGUGCUGGACAUCGACACCACGCUGCGGGAGAGCCGCUCCCUCAACUGCAUCGUGCAGGCCAGCGGCAGUGAGGCGGCCGAGUCGCCUGGGCCCGGGGGAGGCACCGACCCCAGCGUCACUGUCUCCACGGACAACGUCACCACCAUCUACAUUGAGGCGGCGUCGGCGGGAGGGGGCGUGGGGCGCGGCGCGGCGCGCGGCGAGGACCGCGUGGUGAUCCGCGUGACGGACGAGGACCAGGUGCCCCCCGCCUCCUCCCCGCCUCCUGCUGCCUCGCCCUCCCCCGCGCCCUCUCCCGCAUCCUCCAGCCCCGCCACACCCGCCGCGUCGCCGCGCCCCGUCACGGCCAGCGACGUAGUGGUGGGUCUGAUGGAGGCGCCGCGUCCGCGCCCCGCCUCGGACACGCCCGCGGAGGCGCCGCCCGGCCCCGCCAUCACCAAGUCUGCCUCGCACCUGGACGCGCUUAGCGGGUGCGGGACGGGGCGUGGCGGGGCGGGGCAACCGCUGCGCCCCAGCGCCACCAACGGCUCGCUGGGGGCGCCGCGAGCGCACUACGCCGUGGACAUCAACCAGAACGCGGGGGCGCGCAAGAACAGGGGGAGCGGGGCGAGAGGGCCAACGGGGCGCUGGCCAUCCAGGGCACCUCCAAGUGCUGCAGCCUGUCCUGAGCCCCGCCCCGCGCCCAGCCCACCCCUCCCCGCCCUGCCCCGCGUGCAGCCCACCCCCUCCUCCGGCUCUGCCCUGCUCUGUGCCAGCCCGCCACGCCAGCUGUCUCGUCUUCGCUGCUGCUGUAAUACAUAUACAUACGUACAUACACGGGGCCGUGGUCUGACACACUGCGCCGCGCCUCCACUGCUUCCAACAGGCCGCAGGCAAAGUUACGGGUGUUUGAUCGUGUGUGAACGGUUGAGGCGGCAAAUAACGCUAUUUCUGCCUCGUGACGGGAGCAACACGCGUGAGGAGCGGCUGGUCAUCGCUGUGGCCUUGGAACACUGGCGGCGCGAGCACAGCGCCUCAGAACACAGCCAGCAUAGAGACAGUUAUUUAUCCGCCCCGCUUCGCACCCCUGCCCACUCGGUGUUUUUGUAAAUAAUAUUCUGAAAAGACAACUGUACACACACACACACACACACACACACACACACACACACACACACACACACACACACACACACACACACACACACACACACA